GACAGAAUGGCCGUGACGACGGUUCUGCUCAUAUUUGGAAGUGCCCUAAUUCUACUGGUCAUGAUGUGGUGGUUUUCUGUCAGCGGCCAGCUGUAUAGACUCAAGUCAAUCCCAGUGCCCUCAGGUAUAGAGUUCAUAUUAGGACACCUCAAUUCGCCGGGAAACUCGCUUUAUUCGAGUGAAGGAGCAGACUGGAUACAGAAAUGGGGCACUAUCUAUCCUAAAUUGUACAGGAUCAGACUUGGACCUUUCAACUUUUUGGGCACAUCACAUCCCAAGUACAUUAGAGCAUUAUUGAAGGAAAAGCCAGAAAAGAUGUGGCUGUACAGAUUCGCAAUUGCCUGGUUAGGAGAUGGGCUUCUCUUUUCAAAAGGAAAAAAGUGGUUUACUAGGCGGAAAAUGCUGACUCCCUCUUUUCAUUUUGACUUGCUAAAAAGUUAUCUCGACAUCUUUAAUGAGACCACGAACGUCAUGGUAAAUCAGUUUAGGGAAAAUGGUCAGGAGCCAGUUGAGAUCUUCCCUAAGGCAUUGGCUAUGACUUUGGACACAAUUCUAAGAUGUCUUGUACAUUAUGAGACAAACUGCCAAACUCAGUAUGAUGAAUACGCCGCAAUUAUGUAUAGGAUGUCCCUCAUAAUAACUGACCGAUUUUUCGACCCAAUGAAGUACCCUAAUAUUCUCUUUCACAAAACAACUAUGGGCACUGAAUAUCUACAGCUCAAAGAUAAGUUUUACGAAAUUAGUAGAAAAAUCAUAAACGAUCGAAAAGAUGCUCAUCUGAGAAACCCAGAUAUACUGAAGGACACCAAGAAUCUCAGCUUCCUUGAUGUACUACUAACCGUUAAAUAUGAAGAUGGCUCAAACCUUUCUAUGGACGAUAUCCUUGAGGAAGCAAAUGUUUUUAUAUUUGAAGGACACGAUACCACGGCUAGUGGUGUAAGCUUUAGUUUGUUCCAGCUGUCUCAGCAACCAGAGCAUAUGGCCAAAUGUUACGAAGAAAUUAAAGAGGUCUUUGAUGAUGAUAGUGGCGAUCAAUAUGUAACUCAGCAGCAAAUCAACAAACUGACUCACUUUUCCAUGUGCAUCAAGGAAUACGGUUUACGGCUACCAAAAGGAACAAAUGUUGCAUUUUUGAUAGAUGCGUUACAUCGAGUGGAAGAGUUCUGGGAUGAACCAAAUGAAUUUCGACCAGAACGUUUUAGUCCAGAGAAUUCCAAAAACCGUGAUCCUUACAGCUACAUUCCCUUUAGUGUAGGUAACCGCAACUGCAUUGGACAGAACUUUGCCAUCACAGAAUUGAAAAUGGCCGUGGCAAAGCUAAUUUACAACUUUGAAGUGGUUGCUCAUCAACCGGAGAAGGUAACUCGUAUCUGUGCAAUGAUACAGAAACCUUUAAACUUGUUCUUGAAGUUUAUCCCACGAGAAAGCGGAAUCUGAGGUGACCAAUCAUUUUCAGCGGACAAAUAUGCUAAUAUUAUUGGCUAUAAUUAUGUUUUUUGUAUCUUAAUAAAGCAAUGGAAUUUUUUCACAAUACAAGUUUUUGUAUCCUACUUUGUGAAGGAUUUUAAGUAUUUAUUUGAAGACUCUGGAAUGACAACUAUCAACCAUAUCAGCUGAAAUUUGAUCAGCUAAAACGUACGCAAGAAUUGCUUAUAAUUUAUUCCGAUCAACAAUUCAACUGCCCAAUUUUUAGCCGAUCAUAAUUACCGUUCAAAUUGUCCGUAAUCGUAUUUGUUUUUAAAAAGUGUGUACAUUUUCCGUGAAGAAGUUUUACAAAAUCAAAAUAAACACGUCGAGGAAAUUGAUUAUGAUUAAAUGACGUAAUUAAUUGCUAUUGUGAAUUGUGAUUGAAUAC